ACACAUAGUAAAUCCAGAGAAACUGAUAAUUUUGCAGUGGUCUCAUAAUUGAUUUAUUUAUUUAUUUUUCAGAGCUGCAGUAUAAUCCACCAAAUUGAUUGGUUAAUUUUUAAUAAACAUAAGUUGUUCACAAAAACAUUCUCAGAAUAUCAUUUAUUUACCAGACACAAAUCGUGUUAACAUGGAGAGUUCCCUGCAAUUCCUGCUCUUCAACUUCAAAACAGUUACCCUGAGGCGAGAAGACGGUCACUCUCUGUUUCUUCAUACCAGCCAAUGAGAAGCAAGAGCUCAGUCUAGUAGCUACAUGUACAAGCCAUAUCAAAACACAGCGAUGUCUUGACGAUUCUUGUCUUUCUUUUCAACAUAUGGGUAAAUGAAAAGAAAACGAAACUGAAAGAAAACAAGUAUCGCUUUAUUCAAAACAAACAGUUGCGCCGCAGAAAUGCACUUGAUUUUAACACUCGCCUUUCUUGUGGAUUUAUCUUGGGCUCUUCCAAAGGAUAUUGUAAUUCAGUUCGAGCGCAGUGUAUUGGUGAACGGCACGGUCGUGGAGAAGGUGUUCGUCAACGGUGCGUCAGCCAGUUAUUUAAAGGGACAGCUUGACAAUCAACCUGUUGUCAUUAACGAUGAAGCCUUGAGGAAGAUCGUGGAGAUUGAGCGUGCAACAGCAAUUAAUGUCACGUACAUACGUCUGAGGGAAUGUCAGCUGCGAGCAUAUCGAGUCUUCCGACUGUCCGACCGGUUUCAGCUGAAUGGCAAAGAUUAUCUGGCUUUAGAUUCAGAAACUGGUACUUGGACAGUGUUGGAGCCAGAGGCGAGUGGACUCAAGCAGACAUGGGAGCUUGAAGCUGAGCACGGGAGUCUGGAGUACACUCAUCUGAAAGAGGAAUGUGAAGAGUUAAUCAAACUCAUGAAUGACGACAUCCAGAAUCAAGAGGGGCUUGGUGUGUUAAGAGUGAUGGCUCCGGUCUUGGUCAUAUUUCUCUUCAUUGGUUUUGCCUUUAUAAGCCUCCUUAUCUUCAAACGACAUGGUCAACAGCCGGGAGGUGUUUUAGGUUCUAUUAUCCACUACCCAGCCCAUUCUCUUGAAGUGCCAUUGGAAGGACAGAGCCAAAAAAAACAUCUUACAAGUCCCACCAUUGCUGAAGACUCCCUACUAGUGGCAUUGAAUCACAGAUGAUCAGUUUCCAUGAUUAGAGGCGAUGGGUGGGAUUGAUACAAAGACAAAGGUCACAGUCACCAUUGAGUCAAUUCUCUCUUUUCUUUGGAAGUCUAGACUUUAGGUGAUUUGAAAAUUCAGUAAUAAAAUCACUCCAUUGUAUAAAAGGAAAUGUUUGUGUGAAAUGACCUUGAAAGCUUAAGUUUUAAAAUGAUCACGAUAAACAAUAUCGUAUGAACUAUGAACAUAUUUCAAAAUGUUCUUUCUUUUAUUGGUUCAAAUGGAAUUGUGAGAUUCUACCCUGUUACAACACCCCCACCUGCUUUCAUGUGAUAUCCAACUUUAUAGCAAAAUAUUUUGUUCACCAAAUCAAACUUGCUAUUUUGUAUUAUGUCUUCUCUCUCAUGAAGUUAUUCUUCAUUGCAUUUUAAUAGAUUUUCUGUAAAAAAUUAAAUACAUUAUUUCAAUCAAUACAACUUAAAUAAUAGACGUCCCAUAUUUUUAAUGAAUGUAAAAAUAUUAAAUAAUUAUUAGUUGAUUUUACAAUUUUAUUGGGAUGGAUUUUAAUGACUUGCACAUGAAACUCUUUUUAUCCUCUAAACAAAGUAUAAAUGUUUAGAAGCAGUCCUCGAAAGUGAUAAAUGCAUAAAUGUGCAACAAUAAAUACACUAAUGUAUACUUUUAAUAAAUAAA